AUGUUGAGACAUCAGGAUAACUGCGAAGCUGUCCUUCGCCGUCGUUGCGUCUCUCUUCCACCUGCUUCUCUCUCCGUUUAUCGUACACCUCUUCCAUCUGCUCCUCUCUCCACUCACCGCACACUUCUUCCAUCUGCUCCUCUUUCCGCUCAUCGUACACCUCUUCCAUCUGCUCCUCUCUCCACUCACCGUACACCUCUUCCCUCUGCUGCUCCUGCUACUUCUACUGCCCCUUCUCAAGCCAAGAGGGUCCAACGUCCAUACGUCAGUCGAGGCAUUUAUUGCAUCGAUCGCCUCUGGCUGACAGAGAUCGAGCUCAUGAACAUUCGCCCCGGUUACCCAAGCCUCUUGGGCCGAAAGACAUGUUUCAAGAAGGCUCCGGGUCAGCAGAAAUGCAUCGAGAUCACCAUGGGAGAACUGGCCGCUCUUCACCGCUUACGUGGUCUUACGACUGCGCAAAUUAAGGCCUAUCAUGAUAGGCGCGCGAAUAAGCUGGAGUUUCGUGUCAAGGCUUCGAACCUUUAUGAGGCAGAGUUGGAGAGGAAGAGAGAGGAGGGUAGGAUGUUGGGUAGACCGGAUACUUUGGCGGAUGAAGAUCGUUUGGUUCCUCCUGAGGGUGAUGUUUGGCAGUUGUAA